AUGGACAUAGAAUUAAUAAAUACGGUUAGGGACAGGCCAUGUUUGUGGGAUAGAACAAUAGAAGCUUAUAAAGAUCGUGUGGAAAGACGUGCAGCUUGGGAUGAAGUUUUCACUCUACUCGAUGAGCGGUACGAGGAUAUGACGCCAGAAGAGAAAAGGGUUACGAGUGAGCAAAUACAGUCAAAAUGGACAAACAUCAGAGAUACAUUCGUUAAAACACUGAAAUCUAAAAUGGGAAAGCCAAAACGCAAAUAUGUCUUGUAUGAACACCUGACAUUUCUCUUAAAAGUCGCGUCUAUUGGAGAAGAUUUCUCCAUAGAUUUUAAUUCUGAAGACAGCGCUGUUUUCAUGAAAACUGAACGAGAGAGUCCGAAAGAAACCGUAAGUCAAAGAAAAAAAUCAAGAAGAUCGGAUUAUAGUGAAGAAGAACCAAAAAGAAGUAAAGAUUAUGAUAAAUCAGAAGUCGAUUAUGUUGAAGUAGAUGAAUGCAACGAUCCGAGAAUAAUGAAUGAAGAUGAAGCUUUCUUUGCAUCUUUAUUACCGACUGUAGUUAAAUAUUCUGAAGAUGAAAGGCUAGAGUUCAGGAUAGAAGUGCUAGCGGUGAUGAAGAAGAUCAAAGAAGAGAGGAAAUGGUCUAAUGAUGUA